GUCUUAUAGUAUCCAGACGUGUCGAUCUAUUUCUGUGUGUUAAUCAAAGUCGCCGUUUCAUUUCGACCCCACUCCUGCGCUUCGGCCAUCGCGACACCAGCCAAGCGCUUCAGGCUGCUCUCCCUCGAACGCCGUCAACGCCUCUUCGCACUCGCCGGUGCUGGGUCUACCUGUCCUUCGUCAUUGCGCGACAUCAUACCCUUCUCUUGUCUCUCGUUCCUAUCAAUUCCUAAUUGUUAUCUACACUGCGUACAUACUGUUGGGAGGAGACGAUUGCGCGUACGAAGCUUAUCCUAAUUGACACUCGCGAUGGGGUCGUAUAACUUUCGCUGGGAGCACCCGGCGGAGGAGGUGUACGUGACGGGCACUUUUGACAACUGGAGCAAGACGAUCAAGCUGGACAAGAAGGGGACAUUGCACGAGAAAACGGUGCCGUUGCCGAGUAAUUCUCCGAAGAUUCUGUAUAAGUUUGUGGCCGACGGUAACUGGAGCCACGAUCACACGGCCAAAACUGAGACGGACGACGCCGGCAACGUUAACAACGUACUAUACCCGAGCGACAUCCAGCAAACACGCGACCCUGCGAGCGCAUUCACGUCAUCAGUAGCUCCUGGCGCGUCCACUACCGCUAUGGCAGGCUCGCAACCCCUCGAACACACCCGCUCACCGCCCGGCGCGUUCCCACAGACACCCGCGGCAGACGACGAGCAAACCUUUUCCGUCAACCCCCUCCCCGCCACCGGCGGUAUCGGCAACCCCAUUCACCUGCAGCCCGGCGAGAAGGUGCCCCACCCCAGCACUUUCACGGGCAAUGCCGACUACAGCGCUGUGCGACUCGACGAAGCUUCCUACAACCGGCCCGACUCCGGCGCACCUGUGCUGCCUCCCGCGCUCACUCCUACAGAGAUGGCCGAGGCGGCUGGAACCAAGUCCAUCUUCGGCGGUCUUGGCCCGGUGGGUGGAACGAUGAUUCCAGAGUCAAGCAUGGCCAUGGGUGCAGAUGCGCCUGCGCCAAUCGAGUCUAACAAGUCCGGCCCUGUCAGUUCACCACCAGCCAUCUCUGGGACGAUGCUUUCCAGUGUCGCCCCCGGCAGCACUACGCAGCAACUCGCUGGACUGCAGCCACUUGAACCUCGCGGCGGCGCAGCAGCGUCUCCACCACCCGUUGUGGAAGAGAGCCAACACAUGGCACAUGUUGACCCUGAAGCGAGUGCGAAUCCAACUGCGCUGCAAGAGAAGUCGGCGAUGGAGCAGGAAUUGGAGAGUAAGGUCCCUGAAGCGCCCGCUACGAGCGAGUCGACGACGGGUGGUGUGUCUGCAGCCUUGCUCUCUGGCGGCGCUCUCGGCAACACUACACAGCAAAUGGCCGGUCAGCAACCACUUGAAAGCCGCGGCACAGGAGCCUCUCCGCCUGCGGUAGUUGAAGAGAGUCAGCACAUUGCGCAUGCUGAUCCGGAGGCGAGUGCGAACCCGACGGCAGUGCAGGAGAAGUCCGCAAUGGAGCAGGAGCUUGAAAGCAAAGUUCCCGAAGCACCGGCCACGAGCGAGUCGACGGUGGGUGGCGUGUCUGGGGCCCUGCUAUCUGGCGGCGCUCUCGGCAGCACUCUACAGCAAAUGGCCGGUCAGCAGCCACGUGAGAACCGCGGCACAGCGCAACCGCCGCAUGUAGUUGAGGAGAGCCAACAUAUAGCUCACGCGGAUCCCGAAGCAAGUGCGAACCCGACGGCAGUGCAAGAGAAGUCGGCAAUGGAGCAGGAGCUCGAAAGCAAGGUUCCUGAAGCGCCGGCGGCGAGCGAAUCCACAGGUGGCGUAUUGGGCAUGGCUGCGGCUGGCGUGACGGCCGCGGGCGCUGCUGCAGCCGGUGCAGCUUACAUGGCGCGAAACAAGGCCACAGAGGCGACGGGCAGGGAUCCAGUAUCCUUCCUGCCAAAGAGCGUGCAGGACAGCAUCAACAACAUGAACCAGAAGGGCUCGGUUGGUCCUUCAUUCGGCGGUGCCUCGUUCCGGCCGCAAACUGGUUCGUCUGCAUUUAGCGACUCGGCACUCCCGCAGCAGACUGCUGUUGGUGAGGGUGUGAAAGUACCGGCGGAGGCGAACCAUGAGCGGACGGUCGCAGACGAGGUGCCACAGGAAGUGCUGUCGAGCCAGAAGGAGGCAAAGUGGGCUCCGGAGGCGACUACGAACAAGGAGGCUGUCCACGAGAAGAGCGCGAUGGAGCAGGAGUUGAUGAGGCGCGUGCCAGAGACGGAGCAAGCGGGUGAGCCGGCUCCUUCAAGCGUUGCGGCCGCUUUGUCUUCUACUGGUCCGGAGAUGACUUCGACCACCAAGUCUGCGACGAGCGGCGCACCACAGCUUGCCGAUCCGACUUCUGGCGUGGCUGCGCUCAGCAUGGACGACAAGGAGCCUAUCUCGUCCGGAUCCGCGGCUGCAGCAGGUACCAUGGCAUCAGGAACCACAACCGCACGCACUCCAGCGCCGGAUAGUGCAGCAGCAGGCACCACCAGCAGCGGCCUCAACGCACCCGCUAGCGAGCCCGCCGUGCCACCGACGCAGAAGUUCGCUCAGCUCUCCACCCCAACUCCCGCGAACGAGAAGAGCAGAGACGUAAGCCCCAUGACACGACCUUCGGACAUGACGACCCAGCAGCCACAGGUCACCACCGGCGUGCAAAGCAGCAAAGCGCCCGCCGAGAGCAAGUCCACGACCGCUCCGGCUGCAGCGCCUGUGACGGCGGGUAAGCCCAUCGGCACACCCCGCGGCACCGGCAUGACGAACUCAACGCCGGAGAAGAGGCAGAGCUUCAUGGGACGCAUGAGCAGUAUGAGGGAGAAGGGCACGCCGGAGAGUCAGAAGAGCGUGAAGAGUACGGGGAGUGCGGCUAGUGAGAGUAGCAAAGCGCCGGAGAAGAAGAAGGGGUUUUUGAAGAGGUUGGCGGAGAAGCUUAAGUGAGAUGGUUAAGUGAUAGUAUGUAGGCGCGGGUGUGGUGCUUGUGUGGUGUGGAAGUUGGGUCGGGCUUGCGUUUGGGCGGGCAUGGCGGCUGCUGAUGCUGCAGUGUGCUUGUGUUUGGGCGCCAGACGGUGUUGAUACCCCUUGUUGAAAAGCUGUACUAAUGUUACAUACCUAGUCAUUGUUCAAAGGGAGAGAAUUAGUGACAACUGAG